UAAGUUCAAUAUAGAAACAUUUUCUCAGUGAAAUAAUAAUACUUGACAAGCGACGGAAAUUAAAGGCAAUGAUGUACAGAUUUAGAUGUAAUAAUCAAGAUUUAUGCUUGACUGAUUUCCAGCAUGUUUUAACACAUUAACAUUUGAUUCCAUCUGUUUUUACCGUUAAUUAAGAGCCGGGGCGGUUUGGUUGACGUGGAAGUUGCAUACAAUAUUUGGAAUCUGCUGAAGAAUUGAAAUCUAAGAUCAGCAGGAUGAAGAGAUUCAUGAUAUGGAGUUUAUUUACACUGUUUAAACUGGUGAGAGGUCAAAUGCUUCCUCCAUUCUUCUUUCCACCAAGUUUUGUUCGCCAUGAAUUUCCGGAAGGAAUUAAUAUACCUGGUGUUGAUCCAUCCUGCCCUCCGCCUAUACACUGUCGUCUUAUUCGAGACCCAAAUUGUAUACAACCUCAGUUUUCCAUGAUUAAUGGACGACGAUGUCCAGUUUGUCCGAGGAACAGAUGUACCGAUCCAUCUUCUCCUACAAGACAGAGAGAGGAAAAUACAGCUUCUUCAAACGCUGCACGUGAUGGUAGAGUGCAAGAAAAUAAUGAUCAAAGGACACCAGAGCAAAAUAGAAGAUCAUCAAGUUCGACAUCAACCUCGUCAUCAACACGUGUUGUAAUCGGAAAUGAGCGAGGGGUACUUAUACAAGUUGACCCUCCGCGACCCGGCCGACGUCCUUCACCUGGUUCUCGAGGGAAUCCGGAAAACCUUACUUCUCGAAGGCCUUCAGGACCGUCUUCUUCUCGGAGCCCUGGACGUCCUCGCGGUAGGCCUUCCAGAGGUCCUCGUCGUCGUAGGCCCUCUAAAAGACCACAGAAGCCAACGAAAUCACCACCAAAGUCUCAAAAGAAGCUUCCUCAGGUUGACAACCAGAAGGAUGCUCAUAUUCUUUUUCCAUUUGAUAUUCUUAAUGACAACAAAGUAAGCAAAAAGAAACAAGAAAAUGAACAAAAGAGUUCAAAUCCUCUCCCAAAAAGCAACGUUCUUGAAAAGUCGGAUGCAGUAAAACCUGAAAGUCCAUCCGUUCCUUCACAUGGAAGGCGAACUGAGAGGCAAACAAGACCUUCUAUCCGUCUGAUUUUUCAAGGUUCCCAAUCAGAAGGAAAUGAACAAUCUAACCAAAACCAACGAAACACACAGAUACCAAAUCGUGUGUUACCUUCUGGAAACAAUGCUUUAACAAAUAGAAUGCCAUUUAUAAGGUUCCCUUUCCCUUUUCCAGGUAUGCAAGGAUCUCCCUUUACAAGAGUAGUGCAGCGAGCAUCUCAAGGUAGUGCAAAUAACAACAUGGAAACUGGUAGUGCAAAUAACAACAGACAACCAUUGAAUCAACAGAUACCUUUUAUCCAUAAUAUGCACCCUUUCAUGCAAAUGGCUCUGUUAAAUAGAGCUAGAUUCCUCAACCAAAAUGCUGCUAAUCGCCCCUCUAGCACCGUUACGCCAGAUGCAGCUUCAAACAAUGCUGCACAACCAACUCCUUUGAGAAAUAAUAACAUCCCUAAUCUUUUACCGCCAUUCCAUUUAUUGAAUCCUGCACAAAAUCAGAAUGCUGCCACUAGAUUUGCAAACAAUGUUCCUGCUGACCAAGUCUCUAGUUCCAAUUCCGAACCCACUGUCCAAACAGUUAAUCCUGAUCAACAAGCUGGGAUAAACAGGUGGUUAGAGCAAAUGACAAUGCCUAUUCAGCAGUCCCUAGGCGAACCAAAUUCACCGCCAAGCAGUCAAGUGCAACCACAAGAAAACCAAAACCAAUGGUUAAACCAAAUGGCACAACAAGUUCAGCAGAUGCUAGGUGGAAACGGUCAGCCACCAAACCAACAAACACCACAAGUUCCAGCUGAAGUCCAAGCUCAGUUUCAACAACGAUUGCAACAGAUGGCACUUCAACAACAACAACUUCUAGCUGGUAGGCAGUCAGCAAAUCAGGUGAUGCCACCAGGCAUGACAUCAAAUCGGAUACAUCCUCAGAUUCCGAACUUAAAUCCUUUUCAAAACUCAGCUUUAGGAGGUACAUCCCCAACUGCACCAAAUGUCGCUAACCAAAAUAAUGUCGGUGGGGCCGAUACACAAUUAACUCAGUGGCUAGAGAAUGCUUCUCAGCAAAUCUGGCAGCAGCUAAGUGGUGGUACAAAUUUCAGGACACAACCAAACCCUAGUCCCCAGUUAGUGGCAAACAAUCCACAACAAACUGUGAGCAAUUCUCCUCCAGCAAAUGGAGGAGCUAAUCAAUUAACUGUGGACAACUGGUUAAAUAGCAUGGUGCAGCCAAUCCAACAAGAACUCAGUGGGUCUCCUGGUAACAUCCAGGCGCCCCCUAGUGGAAGUGACUUAGCUGGAAGUAACUGGUUCAAUAAUAUGUUAAAUCCCAUACAACAGGGUUUGGGAGGAGUUUAGUUCCAAAACAUUAAUUAAAGCGUUCGCCAAUAACCGAAACAGUUAAUUAAACUAAUUCAUCAUCUAACUAUGUAUAUUGUAAAAAUAUAAAAUUGUAUCUCAUAUUGCGAUAUUUCGAUAUGUCUCAUGAUUUUUUUUUCUCGAAAAGUAAGUUUGUUUAAUUUCACAGAAGCGUGUAAUAUUUUACAAUGAUACGAAAAUUUUCACAGUAUUUUACCGUCCAAGUUAUAUAUUGUUUUAGUUCACUGUUUAUCACGAUGAACAGCGUGUAUCCAAGUUUUAUAUAUGCUGUUACAAUUAUUGUUUGUCUACCAAUGUCUGUACAUAGUUGUUUUGAAAUAAUUUAUGGGGUUGUUAAAAAUAAAUGAUUUUAAAAAUAAUGUA